AUGAGUCAAAGGUUGUUUUUAAAGAUUGUUAGUGAUAUUGAGCAACAUUUCGUUUACUUUCAAGAGCGUGUAGAUCGGUCGAGAAAAAAGAGUUUAGCUAUCAUACAAAAAUGCACAUCCGCGGUGGAACAGCUUGGAACGGGCAACCCUCCAGAUAACUUUGAUGACUACUUGUGCAUGGCAGAGAGAACUUCUCGCGAAAGCCUUGAUCAUUGUUGUAGCGCGGUCAUCGAGUUAUAUCAUGACGAGUACUUACGUAGGUCAACUAGUCAUGAUGUUUCCCGGUUGUACGAAGUGCAUGAACAGAGACACAAGAUGUCGGGAAUGCUAGGAAGUCUUGAUUGUACGCAUUUUCUUUGGAGAAAUUGUCCUAAAGCGUUGAAUGGACAAUACAAGAUAAGUGAUCAUCCAUACCCCACGGUUUUGCUUGAAGCCAUUGCUUCACAAGACUUUUAG